CAGUUCAGUACAGAGGGUGGUGGCUUUGAAGCCCCUUGGGGAUACAGAUACCAUUCACGCACAUAAGUUCACCCACAACAAAAAUGUCUGCCAAUAGAUUUUCAUAACCCUUGCGUACCAGGAAGAAUGCUGAGAGGAGUAGCUAUCCGAGAAUGCUUUUGACUCACUUCAUCACGUAACUGUUGGAGGUGGUGCUAUUUGACAAUAAAAGUGGACGCCAUAUCUACGAGGGUCCAAAGGGGGCUGAAAGAAACAUUACAAGAGAGGUUUAAACAGACUAUAUUAAAAUGGAACCAAAGCCAUCAAGAUUACCCCGAAGGAUAAAUGUUCAGCCUUCCACAUCCUCUCCCUUAAAUGCAAGAAGAUACAGAGAUGGUCUUGGUGAACUCUAUCACUCAAGAGACAGUUCACUAAGGCAUGACUCGGACUUUAAGGACUCCAGUGCUUUGCGUACUUCUAGUAGAGACUGGACCUUCAGGGAGAGGGAUAGCCUUGAGCCUUCCUGGAAGGCUUCUUCAUCAUCCUCAUAUCAACGGUAUUCAGGAACUCAUGAUCGUAAUUUGUCCAGUAGCAUAACUGGAAGCAGAAGUCGGAUAUCGGCAGCAUCUUCUACUCAGCCAACUUGGUAUGAUCCUGCUGAUAGAAUUCGAGGUACCUAUCCUGUACUUCAAAGUCGGCAACAAGAGCAGGAUUCAAAGAGACCAAAACUAUCAUACUCUGGCUGUUCUGCUCUUUCUGGCAUCCGAACUACAACUAAUGGCUCCAAUUACACUACUUCAGAAUCGAGUAGGUAUGGAAGGUUUCCUAGAACAUCACCGGUUAUGCUUGGUUCUGGUGGCUCUGAUUCUCUAAGAGAAAGAGAGAGGAGGCCAAAUGUGUCAGUUCAUGGUCUUAUGGACUAUAGCUCAAGAAAUGGGGACUUGACACCCUCACAGCUUCAGGACAGAGUUUCUUCUUAUGCACAAGGUGCAAGACCCAAAGAUAACUCCAUAAGCACAGUGAGACUUAACUCAUCUCUCAACCGCCAGGUGCCUUCACAACCUAGUUCCUCAUUGUACAAUAAAGAUUCAGUCAGAAGCUCCAGAUUAGUGACUUCAAGAUCUUCAACUUUGAGGGGACUGGGUUCAUCCGAAAGGGAUGCACCAUCUAAUUUAAGUGAUGUUAAUGGUAGGAAAGAAGGAACUCAAGUCAACACUGUAAAAACUCCAACUCCUCCACAAAGGUCUAUAAAUGAGCAGCCUACAGAGGUGGAUGGCAGGAGAUCCACAAGACACUUGCUGUCUCGCCUUGCUUCUAGUAUGUCCUCUACCUUCUUCCCAAGAAGAUCUAGUCAAGAUUCUCUGAAUGCAAGACCACAGGAUGCUGUGGACGUGCAGCCUAAUUUAAGUAAUGAUGAUCAACCCCAUACCUCAGUAUCGCCAAAUACUGAUGUGUUAGAUAGUCGGUCUUCUGAGCAAUCUCAGGGAUUUGCAUUUCUUAGAAGAAGGCGGUGGGGCCUAUCCACUGUAUCGCCAAAUAACAGUUCAGAUUCUGAUGCUGAGAGCUACCGAUCAGAGGACUCUGAAUCCAGGACUCCUGCUUCAUGGCUUCCUUAUUCUUUCAGGAAUAGAUGCACACCACUUUUUUCAAGAAGAAGAAGAGAAGGGAGGGAUGAAACUGCCAGAGCAUCCUCUACCUCUGACACGAAUAGAUCACACAAUCCUUUCAGAAGGACUUCUCAAGAAACAACGAUAGAAGAGACGCAAAGAAUGUCUCAAGAUAAUGCUGUCAGUUCGUCAUACUUGUCCGACCCAAGUAGUAGCACUUCAAAUGGUGCUUUAGGUGACUCAAUCUUCAGUAGGAGAAAUUCAGGCAUGCUUCCUAGUUCACUACUACAUUUUGCCAUGCCAGCAACACUUGGUAAUGCCUUAUCAGACAAUGUCAUGAUUACAGUAGAUAUUAUUCCUGCAGGUAGAGGAAGUGAUGGGCAAGAAAGUGAUAAUAUUACUUCAAGGGAUCCAGAGAAGCUUAAGAAAAUACAAGAAAGCCUUCUUUUAGAAGAUUCUGAAGAUGACGAAGGAGACUUGUGUAGGAUUUGCCAGAUGGGAGUAUCUACUCCAUCCAAUCCGUUUAUAGAACCUUGUAAAUGUGCAGGAAGUCUGCAGUAUGUCCAUCAGGAAUGUAUGAAGAAAUGGUUGCAUGCAAAAAUAAAUUCUGGUUCUUCAUUGGAAACCAUAACUACCUGUGAGCUAUGUAAAGAGAAACUCGAACUCAACCUGGAAGAUUUUGACAUUAAAGAACUCUACCAUGCUCAUGCAAAUGAAAGAGCAGAGUAUGAAUUUAUCAGCUCUGGGCUGUACCUAGUUGUGUUGCUGCAUUUAUGUGAGCAGCGAUUUUCCGAUAUGCUGGGAGCUGCAAAUGAAGCCAGCAACAGAGUCAGAUUUAUAAAUCUUGCAAGAACCCUCCAGGCUCAUAUGGAUGAUCUUGAAACAUCCGAGGAGGAUUCAGAGGAGGAAGGGGUGUAAAAGGACAUAAGAUGCCACAUUUGCAAAAUUGAAUUUGUAAUUAACUGAACAUGUUGCAAUUUUAAAAAAAAAAAUCUUCUUUUUCUCUCUAUCCAUGCCUAAUCUCAGUCACAAGGUUUACCCUCUAAUCACUUGUUGCACUUGAUAGGGUUAUAGUUUUCAUUUAAAAGAAAGUGCCAGUCUACCAGUGUGAGUAGUUUGGACUUCUAUAAUACAGCACAUGUGUUUUUAUUUAAAUAUAUAAUAUGAACCUAUAUAAUGUGUUUAUUAUCAAUGUGUUUCCUUUUUAUUUGUUUUCUAUGUCUCAACUCUGCCUAUUUUAUGACCAGUCCACUUUGAUCCAUUUUAACUGUUUUAACAACAAAAAAAAAGACUGGCUUUUGUGGGAAGAAUUAUUAAUAAAAUUAUUACUUUUUUUUUUUUUUUUUUUUUUGCUUUAGAAUAUUUAAAAAGCCUUAAGUUGCAAACUCCUAUUUUUUAAUCUUCAAGUGUUGACAAUUUUAACAAGGGGGUUUUGUAUUCAAUUUUCAGAUUUUGAUUAGGUGUGUAUGUAUUUCCUACAUCACUAUAGACAUUUAAAAAGGAUUUUAACUAGUAAUAUCAGAUUGGAAUCUGUCUUGCCAAUUCCCUGUAUAGCACAUUUUACAAUUUUUACAACUUUCACACUUGUCAAUGCAGCUUGAUUACAACUAAGCACUUGUAAUUGAAAUAGUUAAUCCCCUGUCUCCACUUUAAACACUGACUUAAUGUUGUAUGAUUGAUUAAAGUAAUAAAGAUAAUUAAACAAAUUCA